AUGUCUGAAUCCGAUAUUCUGUCUGACGAUGCGGGGACGUUGUUUCAUCCUCUCUGCGGGGAUCCUGAAUACGCUGCGCUAUAUUUUGCAGGAGAAUAUCCCGGAGCCCCUGGGAAAGACCUCGAGGCCGCGCGAGCAAUGGGUCUAUCCCUUGCCUUCAAGACCGACAGAGUAAGCAUCGUACGACUCUUAGCACUUUUGAACCAGAUUAGCCUCCCAUAUGAUCACCCACACAGUCAGGCUAUCAGGGGUGUUUGCGCUGCAACCAAAAUAUAUCAAACUAUACCCACUGCGAAGCUGUCCCUCCAGUCUUUAUCACUGCCUCUCCAUGGAGCAGCCUGGAUCCCACGCCCUGGGCCUCAGAGUGACUUUCAAAAUUCGCCAGGUUUGUAUCACCCCUAUCAUGAUGAUGGAGUGAACUGGGAAAGCGAGGAUAUUACUGCAAGGGAUCCUGAUCCAUACAGCCUGCCACUUUUUGAAACGGCAGAUUCUCACAGCGAAGGACUCAUUCUGAGUAAUCUACAUCUUCUGGAUUUCUCCAGAGGACGAUUGAAACAGAGACUGACACUCCCGAAAGAGGGCGAAGGAUUUUGGACGCAGUGGAAGGCGCCGGAACUAGAUCGCUCUCGCGCUUUUGCAUGCAUUGUAUACUUCGAAUCGGGGUCGCACAACCAUGAUCCUGCAGGCUACAAGAGUGUGAUGGCAGUUUCUUGUGGCGAUUCAAUAUAUGCCGCUGCGUCGCUUUUCUCCGAUCCAUACACCGUGUCUGAGAACUUUCUAAUCAAAAGACUCAUCGGAAAUAUCGGGCAUCCAGGGAUUGUUUUGCUCGUUCCCCCAGCCUGUCCGAUGGUCCGUCCGUCCAACAUAUGCGAUCCCUUUUCAGUCAGACAUGCCGCAUUCGAUGGUCGUUUGAUGGACAAAUUCCCGAAGACUCAAUUGGAACUAUCGUUUACCGGGUACACCGAGUCCAUUCGCAGCGAGGACCGCGGGGCAUGUGACACCACCGUGUGUGUUCUGGAGGCGCAAGUCCGAGUAUACUACGGCGGGAGCUGGGCCGGCGACCUGGAUGUCCUCGCAGCUUUGGAUAGUCCUAUGUUGGAGCGACCGUUUUGCCAUUGUAAACAGACACCAUCGCCUCGGUCCGCCGAUCUUCCGAAUCCCGUCGUGUCAGUCUCGGAUGACGGGGACGCGCAAACGUGGAACGAGGAUUCCACGGUCGAGCUUGCGAGUAUUGACCGAUGGGAAGAGCUACUUCAACCCCCGCCAACGCGCGUGGGGAUCAUCAGAGCACACGGGAACUGGCUGGCGAGGCUGGCGGCAGCGUCGUUGAGCGUGCAGAAAGGGUAUCCCACGUUGGUUCUCCCUCGAAAGAUCUGCUGGACCUGCAUGGGCAAUGCAUCCUCAUCUGAGCAGAGUUUUCUUAUUGGUUAG